UCCCCACGAAAAGUCCCGUGCACUUCCUCAGCGUGCCGCCAUCCCCCGUCUCUCCUCCACCGGAAACCCCGCUGAAUCGCAAACUUUGCUUUUAUGUUCCCGGAGGCAGUCGAUUUUCAACAGGACUUCAUCGGUGUGUUGAGUUGGGUCGUCAUGGCCGCCUGAACCAGACUAAAUUCACCCAGUGCGUGGUUCUCAUUCUGUAAUUUACAUACAACAUACAAAAUUUACAUUGCGGAUUAACUCCAAUAUUUGUUAGGGGGGAAAACAAUUCCAUGUAAAAAUUCUGACAUGCAGCCUCCGCCAAGAAAGGUCAAGGUUACCCAGGAGCUAAAGCACGCUCAUGCUGAGCAGAUGAGCAGACUACAAAUCAAACACCAGACAGAGUGUGACCUACUAGAGGACCUGAAGACAUUCAGUCAGAAGAAAGCCGCUGUAGAGAGGGACUAUGCCCAGGCUCUACACAAGCUGGCCAAUCAGUACCUGAAGAGGGAAUGGCCAGACAGCCUAUCAGAGGAGCCAACAGACCACGGGAACAUGUACACGUUGUGGAAGGCAUACCUGGAGGGCAUAGUGCAAGUGAGCCAAACCAGAAUCACGGCCUGUGAGAACUACAGGAACCAAGUGUCGGACCCUGCCAAAACUGCCAGGCUGCAGAAGGAGCAGCAGCUCAGGAAGUGUAUUGACCAGCUGAUGCUGGUGCAGGCGGAGCUGCAGGACUCGGUGAAGGAGCUGGCUAAGACCAGGAAGAAGUACCAGGAGACAGAAACCAUGGCCCAGGCCGUCAGGGACAAGGCCGAGCAGGACGCCAAGUCCAAACUGAGUCUCUUCCAAUCCAGGUCCAGUCUGCAGAGGGCAAGUGUAAAGCUGAAAGCCAAGAGGAGUGAGUGUAACUCCAAAGCCACCCGUGCCAGGAACGACUAUCUCCUCACGCUAGCUGCGGCUAACGCUCACCAGCAGCGCUACUACGACACUGACCUGAUCGACUGCAUUAAGGUCCUGGAUGGGAGCAUCUAUGAGCAGGUGAAGGACUAUCUGGUCUCUCUGUGCCAGAUGGAGCUUGAGUCCUACCAGGUUGUUCACAACACUUUCAACAUCCUCCUGGAGAGCUCCAAUGGGAUGAUGCAGGACUUCCACCAGCAGCAGUUUGUACAGCAGAACCAAGUUUUCCACAGUACCCCAGCCAUCCUCUUCCAGCCCAUCAACACUGACACGGUGGGACAGUUGCAGAAGGAGAGUGGCACAGUGGAGGAGCACAGUCUGGAUAAGGAGGCACGGAAGUGGGCGACCCGAGUGGCACGAGAACACAAGAGCAUCAUCCACAGUCAGAGGGCCCUGGAGGACUAUGGGACCCAACAGGGGCUGUCGGAGCAGAACCGCAGUGAGCUAGAGCUCAAGAUGGAGGAGGCCAGGGAGAACCUGCGGAGAGCAGAGACCGUGAAGCUGAAGGCGGAUGCUCGUCUGGCUCUACUGAGAGAGGCAGGCAUCACAGUGGAGACGUGGCUGAAGAGCGCCAUGAACCAGGUGAUGGAGGAGCUGGAGAACGAGCGGUGGGCCAACCUAAAUGCCCAUGAUCUUUCACUCUCCGGUACAGGUGACCUAGAGAGGGAGGAGGAUGAAGAUAGUGGAGAGGUGUUGGACGACAGCAGCUCCAGCCCCUCCAGUACCCUCAGGAACUACCCCCUCACCUGCAAAGUGCUCUACUCAUACAACGCGUCUCAGCCAGACGAGCUGACCAUCGAGGAACAGGAGGUGCUGGAGGUUAUCGAUGAUGGGGACAUGGAGGACUGGGUCAAGGCCAGGAACCAGACGGGCCAGGUGGGCUACGUCCCGGAGAAGUACCUGCAGCUGCCCUCGUCCAACAGCCUAAUGAGCAUGCUCCAGUCUCUGGCCGCCCUGGACGCUCGCUCCCACUCCUCCAGUAACUCUAUCGAGCCCGAGCUGGCCGAGUCAGAGCUGCACACGCCGGGCACACCUAUUGUCAACGGAAACUCCAGCGGUGUGUGCUUCGCCAAGGCCCUGUACGACUACGCGGGCCAGACAGGUGAGGAGCUCUCGUUCCCUGAGGGCGCCAUCAUCCGUGUGCUGAGCCGCGAGACCUAUGAGGAUGACGGUUUCUGGGAGGGCGAGUUCAAUGGCACUGUGGGUGUCUUCCCUGCCGUGCUUGUGGAGGACCUUCUGGCAGCGGGUGGUGCCGGUGGAGACAGCAAGAAUGGCGACAUCUCAGGAGAGGCCAGCAGCAAUCCGCAGGCAUCCCCCUCUCCUCUUUCUGAGUGCUCUCCACAGAGCCCCUUCCAUUUGGGCCCGUUCCACAGCAGCCCUUGUCAGAGCAGCCCCCUCCUGACCCCCACUCUGCCCUCGCCCCAGUCCAGCCCCUCCAGUGCCAGCUCCUCCCCCAUACCCCGCCCCCCCUCCAACGGCCACCAUAGGCCACCGCCCGUACCACUCAAAGGCCACUUGCAAAGUCCUGCCCAGAACUCCACCCAGCCCCCCAGGUACCCAACAGAUGGUGGUGCGGGGGGCACCAUUCGACCUGUCCGCGCUGCUCCGCCGCCCCCCAAGCCGCAGCAGCCUCGUGGCCAGGUGAAGAAGAGGGAGGAAGUGGAGAUCACGCUGGUGUAACGACGCUGCCGUGGCUGCUACCCACAACCAGAUCAGACCUGGUGGAUCCAGGUCCCUGACCGACUGACCCCCCCCCCCAGGGAGAGACAACAGGCUCCAGAGCCCCUGAACCAGCCAGGGGAUAUCCCCACUCCCCACCGGAGAGGCUCCAUGAGGUGGCCCGAAAUUUGGUUCGUCUCCCUCCACACAGUCCAAAGCCAGUAGGGCUGAAACGGUGUGCGGUGCGGAGAACCCAAAUAAUUGUGCAAUUGACACCGUAUCCAAAUUCCAACUCGACAUCCCAUUUUCUAGUUGUCUUUAUUAUUUUUCUCUGUUACCCAUCUUUUUCCUUGGUCUAUACCUCUUUUUCUCUGUGCUGUAUUCUAACACUGUGUUUUCUUGCUCUCUCUACCUCUUUCUCUUUUUCUCUCUCUGGCUAGCUCCCUCACCUUCAUAACUGGGCAUUGAGCAAUGGGGGGGGGUCUUGCCUUGUUGUUCGAGCAAGAUAUCGCCAUUGAAUUAUUAUACAACCAAGUUAUGCAAAUUUUGUGGGAGGAUUGUACAUCUGUCACAAUGUUUAAAAAAAAACACAGGUAAAGUCCAAGCCAGAUCUCUGUUUGGUUCUUGGUAGAUUGUGUUAUUUUUGUCUCCGCACAUUUCAGGGAAAUUGACAACACAGUAGAGGCGGGUAUCACUCCUGUACCUGAAAUAUGUCUUUAAAAAGUGUUUCCAACAUUUCAUAUACAAGGGAAAAGUGGCAAUUUUGGAGGGGUGUAAUUGUUUAAGAUAGGAAUAGCCCCAUUGAGGGCAAAAUCUGGGUCACACUGUGAAACUAGAACAAAACUGCCCCUGACACGUAAAUUACUACUCUUCUAAAUGUAUUUGUACAAUUUCCUUGUGUUAAAACUUGGGACAUUUCAAGAUUGCCAGGGGCAGUCUAUAGUGUGUGUGUAUGAGUAAAUGUAGACUAUUUUUUUGUGCUACUUUUUGUUGUAAAAACAAGGAUCUAACUAUGUUAUCAAAACUAAUCUAGGUGUAAACUAGCCAAUAAUGGUUGCUGGUGAGAAUAGUUUUUUCAGUCAGGAAUGCAGACUGGGUCGCAGUUCAAGACUGAAAGCAUCGCAAGAUGAUUUGCAGUUGUGCAUACCUUAAAGUUCCCGGAGGAGAAUCACCAUAGUUCCUAAUUACCUACAGGAAAUGUGAACUGACUGAAAUACUGAAGCACUUUUUUGAUAUUUUGUUAAUGCCCUUUUCAGUAUUGCUGCUUGGUCUCUCUCGUGGUUGCUGCAUUGUUUGUCUACUUUAGAAACAUUUUUUGCUCCAUCUAUAUCGGUAUGAGUAUUGUUCUCCUUGUGAAAUGCAUUUGAUUUAUGUCGCCAAAAAAUAUAUAAUUGUUUACGUUGGGAGGUAUAAUUGAUUUUAUUUGAUGUAUGCUUUUUAAUUGUAUCAUUUAAAUAUUAAUAGUUUACAGAGCUUUGAGAUGGAUAGCUGUGCAGCAAUUUUAGAAUAAGGAUAAAAACAUACGGAAACGUAUAAAUUGUUGAUCAUAGGAAAUCAAGAAUCUGUCAGCCACGUUGCUGUGUUCUCGUUGAUCUCCUUGAGAUUUGAAUGUCAAACUUAUUUUGAAGUUUACCCUGUUAUAUUGAAAAAGUACAUGCUGUUGUGAAAUACUUUGACACAACCAUGAAGUAGUUUUUUGUCAUUAUGUUCCUGAUUUUAUUUUCAGUAUCUUCAGAGAUACGGUAGAAACAAACGGCCCACUCUGAUGUAGCAUCUGCAGCAAUAGCAGAACAUCUAAAUUAUUUAAUUGGAUAUUAAGAAAAAUAUUUGUUAAAAUAAAUAUGGAUUAAAAUUUGCUGAAAUCA